CGAUCGUCUAUUCUAUUUGUUUGACAUUUUUCCAACUCGAAUCCAUUUUUUGUUUAUCGUUUGAAUUUGAAUGAAUUAUUCUUGAUGAUGAUGAUGAUGAUGAUGAAGAUUAUCCAUUUAUUUGGUUAUUCAAUUUUAUUCUUGAAAAUACACUGGAUGAUACAAGCUCAAACAUUACCGAAAAAUCAUCAUAUCAACAAUAAUUGUUCAACAGCACGAACAUGUAGUGAAUGUAUAUCGAUUUCAUAUCAAUGUCGUUGGUGUCGAUUGGAAAAUGGACAAUUCGAUUUGAAUACGAAUCAAAAUCCUAAUGGUCAAAAUAAUCGAUGUAGUUCAUGGUUUGAUCGAGAAAAAUGUCCAGAAAAAUAUCAGGUAAAUCCCCAAGAAAUAGCUACGGUUGAUGUUUUGGAAAAUCGAUCAUUUUCCGAUUCAAUGGAACAAACUAUUCAAUUGCGGCCACAAAGAAUCAGAAUUAACUCAAGAAUCGGAACGGUUGUCACGGUUAAAAUGGAAUUCAAACAAGCCAAAGAUUAUCCAAUGGAUCUCUACUAUUUGAUGGACAUCUCGUGUACUAUGCUUAAACAUAAAACCAGUGUUUCACGUGUCGGUAGAAAAUUGGCGUCGAAAAUUCAAGCAACUACCAAAGAUUUUCGCAUUGGUUUCGGUUCAUAUGUGGAUAAAGAAACGAUUCCAUUUUCCAAUUAUAAAUUCAAUUCCAAAAUCAAUUGCAACAAACAACCGAUGGUCAACACAUAUAGCUUUUACAAUCAUAUGCCAUUGAAUUCGAAUACCAGUGAAUUUGAACAUAAAGUACAAUCGGCAAAAAUUUCCGGAAAUCUUGAUUCACCUGAAGGUACAUUGGAUGCUUUAAUGCAAGUAAUGGUUUGUCCAGAAGAAAUUGGAUGGCGUGAACAUUCAGAUAAAAUCAUUGUUGUCGCUACUGAUGAAGAAUUUCAUUAUGCCGGUGAUGGAAAACUAGGAGGCAUUCUAUUGCCUAAUGAUGGCCAAUGUCAUCUUUCCGACAGUAGAUAUAUUGGUUCAACCAUCUAUGAUUAUCCAUCGAUGCAUCAUAUAUCGGAAGUGGCACAGCAAAAAAAAUUCAAUUUAGUUUUCACAGUUAGUGAUAUGGUUUCGCAGAAAUAUCAAGUUCUUUCCAAUAUAAUCGGUGUCAAUUCGCGUGUUGCAAGUCUAAAAGUGAAUGAUGACACUAUUGCCGAAUUAAUCGAUGAUGUUUAUCGAAAUAUAUCGAAUCAAAUUGAAUUGAAUAUUGAAGAACAACCUGAUAAUGUUGAUGUUGAGAUAUGGACAAAUUGUGGUGUACCAGGUGAUCCAUUGCGUCAUACAUCGACAUGUAGAUUUUUCGGUAAAGCAAAAAUUGAAUUUGAUAUUAAAAUUCGUGUGACAAGUUGUCCGAAACAAUCAUCUGAUGGUGAAAAUAUCAUCAAAAUUGGUUUAUUGAACAAAAAUGAAGCAAUUGAAAUUCAUCUAAAUUCAACGUGUCACUGUGAAUGUGAAUCAUACGAGGCAGAAUUGGAUUCACCAAAAUGUUCGAAUAAUGGAACAUUUUCUUGUGGUAUUUGUACGAAAUGUAAUGGUAUACGUUCAGGAAAACAAUGUGAAUGUGAUCCAGAUAAACCGAUUGAUCCACGACGUCCUGAUGCUCAUUGUCGACCAGAUAGUAAUUCUCGGCCUUGUAAUGGACACGGUCAUUGUGUUUGUGGCCGAUGUAUCUGUGAUGGAAUGUUUGCCGGUCAAUUCUGUCAAGAAGAUCAAUCUGCAUGCUAUAAAAAUGGUUUAAAAUGUGGCAGUCAUGGACAAUGUUUACAAUCACGUUGUAUUUGCGAUGAUGGCUUUCAAGGAUCAUUUUGUGAUUGUCCAAUCUCGAAUAGUACCUGUGUGACGGAUAUAAAAACCGGUGAACUAUGUAAUGGCCGGGGUGAUUGCCAUUGUGGACGUUGUAAAUGUUCAUUACCAACAUCAAUGGGACGAUUAUGUCAACAUUGUGCGCAAUGUGAUCAUCAAAAACAUUGUCAAUUGCUUCGUACAUGUGUGCCGAAUUACGAGCAAAAAUUUUGCCAAAACUAUUUUGAUAUUGAUAAAAACGAAACCAUAAAACCGGAAUGUGAUAAGAAAAUGUGUUCAUCUUAUCAAUGGUCAUUUCAACAGGAUGAUCAAGACAACGUGAUUAAUGUGGAUGAUCCAUGGCCAAAUUUGUUGGAAUCAAAUCAUGAAUUGACAUGGUUCCAGGCUCAAUGUUCACAAAUUAUGAAUGGAUGUGUCGUUGCAUUUGAUUAUCGUUUACUGAAACCAACAGAAAAUAGUUUAACAAGUUUGUUUGAAUUGGAAAAUAUGGUCACUAUUACAACAGCAACAAACAUUGGUGGUCAGCUACAACAACUACAACAAUCAUUACCAUUGAAUUUUAUAUUGAAAAAUAUAACCGAAGCAUGUCCAAUACGUAUCGAUGCUACACAGGUAGCAAUUGGUUCAUUUGUAACAGUAAUUAUUGCCGGUAUAAUCGGUAUAAUCAUUAUGAAAUGUAUAACCAGCUAUUUAGAUCAUCGUGAAUAUGAAAGAUUCAAGAGUGAAAUAGCUAAAGCUGAUUUUGCAUUGCAACAAAAUCCCCUAUAUAAAGAUGUCAAUACACAGUUUCGUAAUCCUGUAUUUGGUGGUAUUCGUGAUCGUACAUCGAAAUUAUUUUUUUUCAAUAAAAAAUGAUGAUGAUGAUUAAAAUUAAAUAAACAAAAAUUAUACAAACGUU